GGGACGUGGCCGGGGGGCGGGGCUUGGAGUCCUUCGCACGGAUUUGGAGCUGGUUUGGCUUUUUCAGGAGGAGGAAGGAAGAAAAGUCUGAGCUUCGCGCUCCCUGCCCGCCCCCGGUGGGGACCACGGCGGCUGGUGACCCCAUGUCUGCGCUUCGUGCCCGCCAGUCGCUGAGACGCUCCCUCGAGGGGGACGAUGGAGCCAAGCGCUGAGAGCGCCCAGGCGGGCGGCCCCGACACGGACACGGACACGGACGAUGCUGCCCUGCUGCCCGCCCCGCAGCCCUCCUGCUGCCAAGGGCUCUGCUCAGCUCGCUGGGGGCUGGCUGUUGUCCUGCACAUCACCCUCUUCAUGGUGUACGCGCUCCGGGUCAAUCUCAGCAUGGCCAUCGUGGCGAUGACGAACGCCACCCACCCCAGCAGCCAGGCCAACGUCUCCGUCGAAGUGUGUUCUAACCACUCCCACGCGUGGUCCAACGGCUCCCACCCAGCAUUCGCCCAUGGGGCUCCUGUGUACGACUGGAGCGCCGAGACCCAGGGCGUCAUCCUCAGCUCCUUCUUCUACGGCUACAUCUUCACCCAGAUGCUUGGCGGUUACUGGGCAGGCACACUGGGUGGGAAGGUGGUGCUGGGCUGCGGGCUGUUCCUCACCUCAGCCCUCACGCUUUUCGUGCCGCUGGCGGCAAAGCUGGGAGUCGUGUAUCUCAUCGGGCUCCAGGUGCUGCUGGGCCUCGCGGAGGGGGUGAUAUUUCCAGCGCAAUACACGCUGUGGGCAAAAUGGGCUCCCCCCAUGGAACGCAGCAGGCUCAUGAACAUUGCGGAUGCUGGAUGCACCUUCGGGACCUUCCUCACUUACCUUGUGGCCGGGUUCAUCUGCCAGUGCCUGGGGUGGCCCUAUGUCUUCUACAUCUUUGGCGGCAUUGGCUGUGUCUGGAGCAUGUUCUGGUUCCUUCUGGUCUAUGAAGAUCCUGCCUGUCACCCUUGCAUUAGUGCCCGCGAGAGGGAUUACAUCGUGUCGUCCCUGGCCAGUCAGGGGUGUUCUCAUGGCUGGUCCCUCCCACUCAAGGCCAUGGCAAGGUCGCUGCCCCUGUGGGCGAUCGUUGUGGCCUGUUUCUGCACCGACUGGCUCUUCUACACGCUGCUGACAUCCAUGCCGACGUACAUGAACAAUGUGCUGCACUUCAACAUCCAGGAGAAUGGGCUCCUCUCAGCACUGCCCUAUGUUGGCAAUGGCCUGGGUCACAUCCUGUCGGGGCUGCUGGCAGACUUGCUCCUUUCCAGGCAUGUGCUCAGCACGGCUGCAGUGCGGAAACUGUUCUCAGCAGUGGGGAUGCUGCUGCCUGGCGCCUUCCUGGUGGCUGUGUCCUACAUCGGCUGCAACUACACAGCUGCCGUGGCCUUUCUCACACUGUCCUUGACCGUGAACAGCACGACUGGGGCAGGCCUGAACAUCAACCAUAUUGACAUUGCCCCCAGGUAUGCCGGGUUUCUGCUGGGGAUCACAAACACCUUUGGCAUAAUAGCAGGGAUCAUUGCUCCCACUGCGGUCGGAUUCCUCACCAGCCAGGACCUGGUGACUGGCUGGAGGAACGUCUUCUUCCUGUCGGCAGGGAUCGAUCUCUUCGGCCUCCUGUUCUACGUGGCCUUUGGCAAUGGGACCAUCCAGGAGUGGGCUAAAGAGGAUGUUGCCAGCCAGUGAACAACUGAGUCAGGCUGCUGUGUGACAAGGGUGUGGGAUGAAACAUGCUCCAGGGAACGUAGGUUAGUCAAGAUAUCCCAGCCCUGUCCAGCACCUGGAUAGAAAGUGCCAGGCAUUUGUGUAGCCAGCCAGCUGUGUCCUGGAUUCCCACGCCCUUCCCCAGGCUUCACGUGAUCAAAGCACAAGUGAGCACAGCAGGGCGACACAGGCAGGGGUUGUGUUAUACUCCCUGCAAGAGGUGCGUGCAGGCGUGCGGGCUCCCCAGUGUCUGGGGAGAAUGAACAGCAGUUUCUGACCAUCAGAUGCAUCUCACUGCCCACACACCUUUUAAAGAGACAGUCCUUUCUCCCCCAUCCCAGCUGAUCAGAAGCGACUUUAAAAAAAGAAAAAGGCCCAGAGAAAACCAGCAUGUGUUUGCCUGCAGAGAGGGGACUUGGCUUCAGUUUAAUUUGUGACGUGACUGGAGUCUUUCCCCUUUGAGAGAGAGCUGGGGUUUGCUUUCAGUCGGUGGAAAGAGGUCUCCUUUCAAGAUGCUCAGUUGGAGGUAGGCUCCUUUUCUGCUCUGAAUUGAUUUACCCAGGUUGAGUUAGAAUUUCACCUCUCUGCAGCAGAGUGCCUGUUUUCAGCCCCCUUUCUUGGGAUGGUGGCUUAGUUCAUGGUGCUUUUUUAUUAAUGGUGCAUUUUUAUACUAUAAGCAGCAGAGCUAAGACAGUUUCCCUCUGGUGCCUCCCUUAGCGACUGCAGUGAAAUCUGCCUCUUUCCUGCCCCAUGACACCAGCUCAUGUCUGGUUUAUUUGAUAAGAGGCCAAACUAGGAUUAAUCCCCCGUUCACAGGAUAAUGCUGUUGCUGCUGGUAACCUCUUGGCUUGAAGGUUGCUAGGGGGACCCCAGUCAUGCCCACCCCUCCCAGAAUUGCAGUAUGAAGCAGCGGAGACUGUAGUCCACAGUGCUUCACUGCUUCCCCUGGGAUCUUAUCCCCCUCCUCCGGAACGUUAUUUCAGGGGCGUCCGAAAUCUGUUGGUAGGGGAAGCUCUUCAGCCUCUGAGCAUGGUCUAGUCCUUUGAAGUGAAUUAUAAUGCUGGUCCCUGCUAAGCUGCCACAUGGGCAGGUCCUGUGAGCAUCUAUGAGUCCAGGCUAGGACCAUCUGCAUGUACCACCCCCCGCCCCUUCCUGCCCAGGCAGAGGCACCUACUUUCACCUGGCCUGAGGUGUCAGGUGAGGGAGGAAGGAAGUUGGGGGAAGGCUCCAGGUCUAGUCAUCUCAUUCCUGACGCACCACCCUGCGCUCACCAGGGCACCUACGGUCCCAUUGAAGUGAGCUAGACAGGGCCACAGGGGAGAGAUUCAAGUUGAGAGUUUAUUCACACUGGGAUUAUCCAGGCUUCUCCCCUCAUCCACUCCCCUCCCCCAGUUUACCCUGAAGGAAAGCCUCACAUUAAGAACAAGAACAGAAAAACCUCACCUUUCCAGAGGAAGCUCUUCCGUUGUGUUUUGUUGCUCAGGAGCCAGUCCUGAAUAAGCAACUCCAGAUGCUGGUCUGUGAUGGCAGGGUUUGGGGUGCCCUCCAUUGCUGAUAACUCUGAGCGAGCCACCUACUUCCCCCCGACCAGAGUAUUCGCUUCCUUCUGGUCUUCAUCACAGACUGGGUGACCUUGGAGGUGCCCACAGCCUUCUUCUCCAUAGCCUUGAUCACACCCACGGCCACCGCCUGCAUCAUGUCCCGCACAGCAAAGCAACUUGUUAGGGAAGGACGGCAGGGUCAGGACCCCUUGUCUUCCUUGAUGGCAAACCCCAAGGACCCCUGUCCUGCUGUUGAGGCUUGUCCUGUGCAGGGUGCAGUUUGUACGUGAGCAGCCCCCUGGCUUUGUCAGAGACAGAGGGGCAGAUUUGGUGGAGCAGAUGGAGCAAGGCAACAGUUCCCCAUUCCCUCCACCCGCACACACCCAUUGAGAAGGCCUUAUCCUCCCUCUCCACCCAGGUACUAGGACUGGGCUUUCAAGGGGCAUUAAUAGAGUGUGAGGUGGGUACUCGGAGAAGCUGUCCACACGAGCUUGCUAGGGAUCAUCUGAACAGUGGCGGCAUCCCCAGACUUCAGCUCUGCAGGAUUGUCCUCCAGCUUCUUGCCAGACCUGCAGACCUUCUCCCACAGCUUGGCAAACUCGCAGGCAAUGUGAGCCGUACGGCAGUCUAGCACCAGGAGGGAGCCAGCAGAGAUCUGGCCGGGGUGGUUCAGGAUGACGACUCGUGUGGACAGAAGCAAAGGGAUGUGAAGGAGAGCAGAAAGCAGGGCACGCUGGGGCUGGGGCGUGUGGGUUCCUUGCCAAGGGUCUCCUGCAAGGUUCUCCAUGGUGCAGCACCACCAGGGUUAAGAGCAGACUCAGAAUUGACCGUUCCAGCAAUCCUCCUUCAGGGGAAGCUCUGUGAACAACAGCCAUCUCACCUGUUCAGGAAAUGACCUUCCCCUUCCUCCCCAUCCCAAACACACCCGGAAAGUGUAGCAGGGCUCUGUAGUGACACAGGCCUGACUGGGCAAGGCAACUUCACCUUUGCAGGCCUCAGUUUCACUACUUGUAAAAUGGGGAGAAUUUUGCUUCUCUAUAGUCCAAAGGACUUGACUAGCGGAAAGCACUACAUAACUUGAGAUUUUACUUGCCUUAAAUAAAGCCUCGCUCUGGACCCACAACCCCUUGGCCAGAGUAUUUGAAA